AUGGCUCAAGCUUCCACCAACGGCGCCAACGGCGCAAAGGGCCAGCUGUCCGCCAACGACAACAUCCAGCGCUUCGCUGCCCCCAGCCGACCGCUCAGCCCGCUCCCCGAGCAUGCUCUGUUCAACGACAAGACGCGAUGCUUCGUCUACGGUCUGCAGCCCCGUGCCGUCCAGGGCAUGCUGGACUUUGACUUCAUCUGCAAGCGCAAGACGCCCUCGGUCGCCGGCAUCAUCUAUACCUUUGGCGGCCAGUUCGUCAGCAAGAUGUACUGGGGCACCAGCGAGACUCUCCUGCCCGUCUACCAGGAGGUCAGCAAGGCCAUGGCCAAGCACCCCGACGUCGAUGUCGUCGUCAACUUUGCUUCCUCGCGAAGUGUCUACAGCUCCACCAUGGAGUUGAUGGAGAACCCCCAGAUCAAGACGAUUGCCAUCAUCGCCGAGGGUGUCCCCGAGCGUCGCGCUCGUGAGAUUGCCCACGUUGCCAAGAAGAAGGGCGUCACCAUCAUUGGCCCCGCCACCGUCGGUGGCAUCAAGCCCGGCAGCUUCAAGAUCGGCAACACUGGUGGCAUGAUGGACAACAUCGUCGCCUCCAAGCUGUACCGCAAGGGCUCCGUCGGCUACGUCUCCAAGUCUGGCGGCAUGUCCAACGAGCUCAACAACAUCAUUGCCCAGAACACCGACGGUGUUUACGAGGGUGUCGCCAUCGGUGGUGACAGGUACCCCGGGACCACCUUCAUCGACCACAUGCUGCGGUAUCAGGCCGACCCCGACUGCAAGAUCCUCGUGCUUCUUGGCGAGGUCGGUGGUGUCGAGGAGUACAAGGUGAUCGAUGCCGUCAAGCAGGGCAUCAUCACCAAGCCCAUCGUUGCUUGGGCCAUCGGAACUUGCGCCAGCAUGUUCAAGACCGAGGUCCAGUUCGGCCACGCUGGUUCGUUCGCCAACUCCCAGCUCGAGACGGCGGCGAUGAAGAACAAGAUGAUGCGUGAGGCUGGCUUCUACGUCCCCAACACCUUUGAGGACAUGCCCGCCGUCCUCAAGGAGGUCUACGACGCGCUGGUCAAGAAGGGCACAAUCGUCCCCCAGCCCGAGCCUGUCGUGCCCAAGAUUCCCAUCGACUACUCGUGGGCCCAGGAGCUCGGCCUCAUCCGAAAGCCCGCCGCCUUCAUCUCGACGAUUUCCGACGACCGUGGCCAGGAGCUGCUCUACGCCGGUAUGCCCAUCUCCGACGUGUUCAGGGAGGACAUUGGCAUCGGCGGCGUCAUGUCGCUGCUGUGGUUCCGCCGCAGACUGCCCGACUACGCAUCCAAGUUCCUCGAGAUGGUUCUCAUGCUCACUGCCGACCACGGUCCUGCUGUGUCUGGCGCCAUGAACACCAUCAUCACCACCCGUGCGGGCAAGGAUCUGAUCAGCGCCCUGGUUUCCGGUCUCCUGACGAUUGGCUCCCGAUUCGGUGGUGCCCUGGACGGCGCCGCCGAGGAGUUCACUCGCGCCUUUGACAAGAACCUGAGCCCCCGCGAGUUCGUCGACAGCAUGCGCAAGGCCAACAAGCUCAUCCCCGGUAUCGGCCACCGCGUCAAGUCGCGCAACAACCCCGAUCUGCGUGUCGAGCUUGUCAAGGAGUACGUCCUGGCCAAGUUCCCCAGCCACAAGCUGCUCGACUACGCCCUGGCCGUUGAGACGGUCACGACCUCCAAGAAGGACAACCUGAUCCUCAACGUGGACGGCUGCAUCGCCGUCUGCUUCGUCGAUCUGCUCCGCAACUGCGGCGCCUUCUCCACUGAGGAGGCCGAGGAGUACCUCUCCAUGGGUGUCCUCAACGGUCUCUUCGUCCUCGGCCGAAGCAUUGGUCUGAUUGCCCACUACCUCGACCAGAAGAGACUGCGCACCGGCCUGUACCGCCACCCGUGGGAUGACAUCACCUACCUGCUGCCCAACCUGCGCGAGGGCCGGCCUGGCGCCGAGGGCAGAGUGGAGGUUCAGAUGUAG